AUGAAGGUGACAGCCGGCGGCGACCUUCCUCAUGGGAAGAACAACCACCAGCAAGUUGUACCUCUCUACUACCCUCUUCAUAGAUACCCUUCCACCACCACCACCACCCAUGCUUCCGCCACCACGUCCGCCACUAUCUCGCCGGUGUACCACCCUCAAGAUGAAGUCAUCAUCAUCAACGACAACCACCAUAAAUGCGAUGUGUUUUCCGGCGAAUGGGUUCCGAAUCCGGAUGCUCCAUAUUACGAUAACAUGACAUGUUGGGCGAUUCAUGAACAUCAAAACUGUCAGAAAUAUGGGCGACCCGAUUCGGAUUACAUGAAGUGGAGAUGGAAGCCCGAUGGGUGUGAUCUACCCAUUUUUAACCCAUAUCAGUUUUUGGAGAUUGUGAGAGAUAAAUCUUUGGCGUUUGUGGGUGAUUCUGUGGGUAGGAAUCAAAUGCAAUCCUUGAUUUGCAUGUUAUCCAGGGUCGAAUAUCCGAUAGAUCGAUCAAUAACAAAAGAUGAAAACUUCAAACGUUGGUAUUAUGUUUCAUACAACUUCACACUCGCUACAUUUUGGUCCCCAUUUUUGGUAAAAUCAGAAGAAGCCAGUGCAGACGGUCCAACUCACAAUGGCCUCUUCAAUCUCUACCUAGACGAAUUCAACGAAAAAUGGACAACCCAAAUCGACGAAUUCAACUAUCUGAUACUCAACACAGGCCACUGGUUUUGGCGGCCUGCAUUGUACUACGUGAACCGUCAAAUUGUCGGUUGUCGAUAUUGUCAGCUAGAAAACAUCACAGACUACCCCAUGACAUUUGGAUACAGAAAGGCAAUCAGAACUGCAUUCAAAGCAAUCAACAGUCGAGAAAAGUUCAAGGGUAUAACGAUUUUACGGACAUUUGCCCCUAUGCAUUUCGAGGGCGGGGAGUGGAAUGAGGGUGGGAAUUGUCUUAGGAAGAAGCCUUUUAAGAGUAGUGAGAUAACUUUGGAAGGGGUAAAUUUGGAAUUGUACAUGACACAAAUUGAGGAAUUUAGAAGAGGUGAAAAGGAGGGGAAAGAAAAAGGGUUAAAGUAUAGGCUUUUGGAUGCAACCCAAUCUAUGUUAUUAAGGCCAGAUGGGCAUCCAAGUAGAUAUGGACAUUGGCCCAAUGAGAAUGUUACUUUGUAUAAUGAUUGUGUCCAUUGGUGUUUACCUGGACCUAUUGACACGUGGAGUGAUUUCCUACUGCAUAUGUUGAAGAUGGAGGGUCUAAGAUCGGCUGAAGAGAAAUCACAUGUGAAAGGGUAAAUUGGGAAAAUUGUUGUUGGUUUUAUUUAAUUUGUCAUUAAUUUUGAUUAUUAUUUAUUAGGCUAUUGUAAUGCCUUUAAUGUAAUAUUGUGGA